ACACACAUCACAUUAUAGACAAAUACUUGGCCCCCUCCCCCUCAAAAAAUAAAUCUGUGCAACUAUAGCAUUACCUCCCUGCUCUCUUCUCUACCUAGCUUGUCACCAGAAAUUCUGACACUUCUAUAUGCAUACUAAUAUCUACAUGUAAGUGAGUCUAAUAUCGAGAAUCAGAUACAAUCAUACAGUGGCAUGACACAGAUCUUAUAAUGUCAAGCAGAGCAAUUACCUUACUCUUUUUGCUUCUCAACAUCUCCUGGUAUCCGGCCAGUUCUGGUUUGAACCAAGAAGGACUCUCUCUACUAUCUUGGUCUUCAUCUUUUAACACUUCACCUUCUGCAACUUUCUUCAGUUCAUGGGAUCCAACUGAUCAAAAUCCAUGUAAAUGGAACUUCAUAUCAUGUUCAAGCAAUGGGCUUGUUUCAGAUAUCAUAAUUACUUCUAUUGAUCUUUCCACAAACUUCCCCACUCAAUUUCUUUCGUUCAAAAAUCUUACUAGCCUUGUCCUUUCAAAUGGAAACCUCACCGGAGAAAUACCACAGUCCAUUGGAAACUUGUCUUCACUUGUGGUAUUAGACCUCAGUUUCAAUGCUCUGACCGGAAAUAUACCCCAUGAGAUUGGAAGCUUAUCAGAGUUGCAGCAACUAUUACUGAAUUCAAAUUCUUUUGAAGGUGAAAUCCCAGAGGAAAUUGGAAACUGCUCAAAGCUUAAACAACUUGAAUUGUUUGAUAACCAGCUUUCAGGGAGAAUCCCAGAAGCAAUAGGCCAAUUAUCGUACUUGGAAAUUUUUCGAGCUGGUGGAAACUUGGGGAUUCAUGGAGAAAUUCCACUGCAGAUAUCAAACUGCAGACAGUUAGCUUUCCUUGGUCUAGCUGAUACUGGAAUCUCAGGAAAAAUUCCUUAUACUUUAGGAGAACUAAAGAAUCUCAAGACUCUUUCAAUUUAUACAGCAAAUCUCACCGGUCGAAUCCCACCAGAAAUUGCCAACUGCUCAGCUUUAGAAAAUCUGUUCCUUUAUCAAAACCAUAUUUCAGGAGUAAUUCCAAUUGAAAUGGGGUUUCUUAAGAAUCUCAAAAGGGUGUUAUUGUGGCAAAAUAAUUUAAGUGGAUCCAUUCCAGGAACUUUUGGUAAUUGCUCGGUACUGACAGUGAUUGAUUUUUCCAUUAAUUCUCUGACUGGCGAGCUUCCACAAUUCCAUGCAAGUUUAAAUGCACUGGAGGAGUUUCUUUUGUCUGAAAACAAAAUUUCUGGCCCAAUUCCACCUUCUUUCGGAAACUUCUCUGGAUUGAAGCAUCUUGAACUGGAUAACAAUCACAUUUCUGGUGAGAUUCCACCCGAAAUUGGUAAGUUAAAAGAACUUUCUCUAUUCUUUGCCUGGCAGAAUCAGCUUAAUGGAAUCAUCCCUACGGAGUUGGGAAAUUGUGUGAAACUUCAAGCAUUGGAUCUUUCACACAAUUUCCUAACUGGGUCUAUUCCAAAGUCUCUCUUCAAUCUCAAUAACUUAACGAAAUUGUUGCUGAUAUCAAACAAGCUUUCUGGGUGGCUUCCAGUUGACAUUGGUAACUGUACCAGCCUGACCCGCCUGCGACUUGGAUCAAACAUGUUAGCUGGUCUUAUUCCCUCUGAAAUUGGACUCUUACAGAGUUUAAGUUACCUCGAGUUGUCCAAAAAUCAGUUUACAGGUGCUAUCCCGCCACAAAUUGGCAACUGCUUGGAACUAGAAAUGAUUGAUUUGCAUGAAAAUAAGCUUGAAGGUCUUGUUCCUGAUUCCUUGGACUCUCUUGCUAGGCUUAAUGUUUUAGAUCUUUCGAGAAACAGAUUGUCAGGCAGCAUUCCAGACAGUCUGGGGAGACUUGCAUCCUUGAACAAACUAGUGUUGAGCGAAAAUUUCAUUACUGGUUUGAUUCCCAAGUCACUAGGACUCUGCAAGGAUUUGCAGCUUUUGGAUGUGAGCAGCAAUAAGCUGAUAGGAUCGAUACCAGAUGAGAUUGGGCACUUGCAAGAAUUAGAUAUCUUGUGCAAUUUGAGCCGGAAUUCUCUGACAGGACAAAUUCCUGAUAGUUUCUCAUAUCUUUUAAAGCUUGCAAACUUGGAUCUCUCUCACAACAUGUUAACAGGAAGCUUGAAAACACUCGGGAACCUUGACACUCUGGUUUCUUUAAAUGUUUCCUACAAUGAUUUCUCAGGUGCCCUUCCUGACACCAAGUUCUUCCAUGAUCUUCCUGAUACUGUUUUCCUAGCCAACCAAAGACUCUGCACCAACAGAAAUAACUGUCAAGUUAGCGAAAUCCACCACACCAGGAAGUGCAUUAAAAUUACAACUGUCAUCGUUUUACUCAGUGUACUUGUUGGUAUGACAAUCUUCACUAUUGUAAUAAUUUUAUUUAUCAGAGCUCAUGGUACCAAAAUGAAUGAUGAAGAAAGUGGGCUAGAGUGGAAUCUCACCCCAUACCAAAAACUAAGCUUCAGUGUGAAUGAUAUUGUAGGAAAGCUCUCCGACUCCAAUAUUGUGGGGAAAGGUGGUUCAGGAAUUGUUUAUCGAGUUGAGACUCCAAUGCAACAGUACAUUGCAGUAAAAAGAUUGUGGCCAACAAAGAAUGGUGAGCUCCCCCAGAGAGACUUAUUCUCUGCAGAAGUUACAACAUUGGGAUCAAUUAGGCAUAAAAAUAUAGUGAGACUUCUGGGAAGUUGUAGCAAUGGAAAGAGUAAAAUGCUAUUAUUUGAUUACAUUAGUAAUGGAAGUUUAGCAGGGUUGCUCCAUGAGAGCAGAUUACCUUUAGAUUGGGAUGCAAGGUAUCAAAUAAUACUUGGAGCUGCUCACGGCUUAGCUUACCUUCACCAUGAUUGCUUUCCUCCUAUUGUCCACAGGGAUAUUAAGGCCAACAACAUUUUGGUAGGGCCACAUUUUGAAGCUUUCCUUGCUGAUUUUGGACUAGCAAAGCUUUUGUCCUCUCCAGAUUGCUCCAGAGCUUCUAACACAAUAGCAGGCUCUUAUGGCUACAUGGCUCCUGAAUAUGGGUACAGUAUGAGGAUUUCAGAGAAGAGUGACGUGUACAGUUAUGGAGUUGUGCUACUAGAAGUACUGACAGGCAUGGAACCAGCAGAUCGACGUAUUCCAGAGGGUGGCCACAUUGUCAGUUGGGUUAACCAUGAACUGAAAGUGAAGAUGAGGGAAUUCAACUCAAUCCUCGAUCAACAAUUACUUUUGCAGUCAGGCACACAGAUACAAGAGAUGCUUCAAGUACUAGGAGUGGCAGUUCUAUGCGUUAAUCCAUCUCCAAAAGAACGACCCACAAUGAAAGAUGUCACUAUGAUGCUCACAGAGCUAAGGGAAGAAACUGGUGAUUUUGAAAAACAAAACGCACACAGCACAGGAUCGGUAUCUAACCCCAGAGCAGCAAUCCAGUGCUCUAGUUUUUCCAGAUCAUCUCAACCUCUAAUUAGAUCACCUCCACAGUAGCCUAUUCAACCCCAGUUUAUUCUUUCACAUUCAUUAAAUGGUAUAAAUUCAUAUUUACUAAGUUAUUGAACUAUGCUAGAAACAAUUGUAUAGAAUAUACUUGGUGCAUUGAGGUGGUCAUAUUCUUAUAAAUAAAAUCUCUUGUUCCAUGGGUGUC